UAGUAAUUAAUUUUUAAAUUAUAUCUUCAAUCUAUAUCAUGUAUAUACUUACAUAUAAUUAUUGUACAGAUAUUAUAUAAACUUAAAAGUUAAAAUUCGCAAUAAAUUCAUUUUGAAACUCACUUGAACUCACUUGAAUGACAGAAUGCAAGUUUAGUUUAGUUCGAACUUGCGCCGGGUGGAAGUUUGUAACGAAUGUUGUUUAUUAUAUAAAUUUGUUUACAAACAUUAUUUUAAUUUAGAAUCUUCUAAUAUUUUCAAACAAAUGGCAGAACAAUUAAUGAAUGAAUUAGAAAAAGCUGCGCAAAUAAUUUUGGCACCACCAAAUUUAGUUACAACGGAACAACGUCAUUCUGCAGAAGAAGUUUUCUUAAAUUUUCGAAAACUUAAAUCUCCCUAUGAACUCUGUAGUCAAAUUUUAGAGACUAAUACAAAUGAUUAUAUUGUUUUUGAAGCAGUUGGCUUAAUAAAAAUAGCAUUAAUACGGGAAUGGCCAUCAUUAUCACAAACAGAUAUUUCUUCAUUAAGAGAUUAUUUGUUACGUUAUGUUAUAAACAAACCAAACUUACCUCCAUAUGUCAAAGGAUGUAUAUUGCAAGUUAUUGCAAUUAUAAUAAAAAGAGGUAGUGUAAAUGAUUCUGGACAGGCACGACAAACCAUAUUGGGAGAAAUUGAAAAUUUAAUAAUGACUGGUGAUUUACCAAGAAAACUUCUGGGAUGUAAUCUUAUUUCUGUAAUAAUGCAAGAAUACGUAAUCAAUUCUAAGUCUACAAAUAUAGGUUUAACAUGGGAAACACAUUUCAAUGAAAAGAAGAUAUUUCAAAAUAUUGAUUUGAAAAGAAUUUUUAAAUUUUGUAUUGGAAUAAUUGAAGAAUUAAUUAAAAAAGAUUUACAGGAAAAUAGCAUAAUUUUUCUGAAACAAUUACUCCCAAUUUUAGAAAAUGUAUUUACAUGGACAUUUGUUUAUGUAAAACAUACAAAAGAUGUAUUGGAGGAUGUUCGGGAAUCAAUAAACUGUGUACCUUUGGAAUUGGAUAAAGAUUGGGAAGAUAUAAUGUUAGUUCCAUCUGUAUUAGAUUUAAUGUUUACAUUGUAUUGGAAAAUACGAGAAAAUCCACACUUAGCUCAUCAUGUAAGAACAUGUUUAGUUCAAAUGGUAAAUUUGAGUGGAACAAAAACGCAAUCUGAAGAAAUGGAGAUGCAAUACUUCAUCAGUUAUAUGGAAAGAUUUUUAAAAUUAAUUACAAGCGUUCAUAUUAUUGACGAAGAAGCAAGUGGAAUUGCUAAUAUCAUCAAGAAACUUUUUACAUCUUUUCAAAAAAAAUUUUACUCUUUAUCUACUGAUAUGAUGAAAACAUUUUUGGAACAAAUGUCGCGGUUGACUUGCAUGUUUUUAGAAAAUGCAGCACAAGAAGAAUCAUUAAGCAUAGGCGAAUGUUUAUAUACAGAAGCUCUAGAUGCUUUAUUCGAUGCGUGGUUGUAUAUUUUAUCUGAAAAAGAUUUAUUCUCUCAGGAAUUUCUUAAGCAAACUUUUGUUCAAAUAUUUAGCAUAUAUUUACAAUGUCACUUAUCACCCCCAGAAGGCAUAAGAAAUAUUGAAGAUAAAGAUCUUGAGAAAGAAGAACUGGACAAUGAAAAUGCCGAUAAAGAUAAAUUUAAAGAACAUUUGCAAAUAAUUGGAAUUUUUGGUAGACAAGUACCAAAUUAUACCCUUCCAUUAUUGGCACAAUUGAUCGAAGAUCGUACUUUUAAAUUACGUGAAAACUUCAAUAAAUUAUUGGAACAGAUUGAAUCACUUCAUACAAUGAAAAAUGAUUCUCUAUCUAGAUUAUAUGAAGACAUACAUUGGCUAGUUCUUAUGAUAGGAAAUAUACUUUGCAUGGAGUCUGAUGGUGAACUUGCUUUAAUACCUACUGAAAUAAUGAGAUAUGAUAUGGAACAGGUGCAACAAGGAAAAGUUGAUAUGAAUUUUACAUUACAAUUUUUAGCUUCAUCCGAAAAUAUUUCAUCAUCUAUCGAUAUUGCCACAGAAUCAGUAGAUCAUGUUAUUCGGUUAGUUGCAAGUAUUUUUCGUUUAUGUGUCAUAGAAAAAGCUGCAAUGUCUGUUCUAUUAGAUAACAUACUAAGUCCCGAAUUAAGUUGCACUAUAAUUUGGUUUCUACACAAAUGGUCUUCACAUUACCUUUUAUCAAUAGAAUAUCAUUAUUCUGAGAUAUCUCUUACAUUUUUACAUACUUUCGGAGAAAAUACUCCGGGUGCAACAUGGGCUAUAAAUUUUCUUUUAGAAAAAAUAGAAUUUAAUAUUAAUGCCUUCAAAAGUGAGCCCGCAGUAAUGGAAGAAACUAUUAAGUUAUUAAUAUCACUUGUUAGUAGAACAAAAAAAGCUGAUUAUGUAUUAAAAUCUGAACGAUUUGGAAACAUCAUAAAUUUGGCCAUAAAAGGACAACACAACUUUCCGCAAGUAGUUAAAAAAGGAUUAAUGCAAGCAGUGGUCCAAGUUGCAAUUACUGUGCAAAAUAAGAUAGAUCAAUCAUAUUGGACACAAACUUUGCAACCAUUGUUAGACAAAUUCAAACAAAUUACUUCAAACGACAAAUUUUUGCAAUGUUACCAUCAAGAGGAAAUUAAAAUUCAAGUUAUAGAUGUUUUAGAAUGUUUUAGUGGAGUAGCACAAGGCGCACGAGGAUCGGAAAUAGGAUUAUUAUAUCAAUACAUUCAACCGAUAUUACGCGAGCUACCAAAUUUAAUAUCUUUAUACCAUAAUUAUCAAGAUAUAGUACAAUUAAUUUUAGAGUUACUUUUUGAAUGUACAAAUGGACCAGAACCAGUUCUUCGUGGUUUUGCUCCGACUGAUGCUGCACAGAUAUCUGAAAUAUAUUUAAGUGCAAUACGAAAUUAUACGCGUUGUAAUACUAAUAGACUGACUAUAGAUUCAACUGCAGAAGAGGACAAUUAUCAAGACAUUUUGUUACUGAUGAAACUUUUAACUAAUCUUUUAUGCGAGAAUAUAUUGCAAGAUAAAACGGUGUUUUUACAUGGCUUAACUAUAAUUAUGCCUAUGAUGACUACGGACUUAUUAAAAUUUCCAUGUUUGUGUUUACAUUAUUUUCAAAUGAUAAUGUCUCUUUGUAAAGUUGGUUCUCAAAAAGUACUCAAUUUGUCGUCUGAACUACUACGACCACUUUUAGCAUCGAUAGAGUUGGGUUUAUUCUCGUUUGGUCAUGAAGUGUCUAUGUUAUGUUGUAAUAUAAUUGAAAUUUUAACAAAACGAAUUUUUCAAAAUAUUCAAGACGGCCGUCCAAGAAGUCAAAUAAUGGCACCGUUUUUAAAUUUACUAAUUACUGUUAUUUUAACACAUCAAGUUGAUUCCAAUUUUAUAUCAAAUGUGUGCAUAUCUCUUUAUUAUUUAAUACGCUGUUAUCCAGAUGAAUAUGACCAGAUUGUACAAAAUAUUUUAUCCAGUCAAUCGGAUCAACAAGUUGUACAAAGAUUAGCUGAUGCUUUUACAAAGUUGAAAAACAAAUUUAAUCCAAAUGAAAAUAUAAAUUUUCAUUGGAAAGACAUUUAUACAGAUAAGAAAAAAUUUAGAAAUUAUUUUGAUGAAUUCAUUUCUAAUGUACAGGGUUUUUUAAUGAUUAAAUAAAAUUAAUUGAAUAACA